UGCCUGCUACAAACUAAGACAAGCAAAAAUGUAACGAAUUUUAUAAUUUAGUAGUCCCAGUGUCGGUUGCUACAUUUAAUAAAGAACUACGAGAAUUCCUUAAUUCUUACAGUACCAUCAGUGGAUAUUUUCUAUCAAAACCUGCAGAAUUUCUGGCUGUGUACCUCAGAAUCUCCAUGGGUGAGGGGAAAUGGACUACAAGGACCUGGUGGUGAAGCACAAAGAAUCAUUGCUGGAAUGGACCAAAGAGAACCCAGCUCCUUUGCUGCGCUGGCUGUUUGAUGAAAAUGUCCUCUCGGAGACUGCUUACCAUGGCUUACUAGAGAAAACACAGAGCAACCGCAUCAUUGGGAUGCUGGAAAUGAUCUGGAAGGAUGACAGUGGUUGUAGGAAAUUCAUGAAGGUACUGAGAGAAGUGCAGGAUUAUUAUCCACCUGAGCUAGAGGCCUGGCUUAAUGAGCAUUACAGAGACCCAGUGAAACCAGCUCCUGCCAAGCCAAAUGAAGAGAAGAAACCGAAAUGUUCAUUGCUCAGUAUCUUAAAACCCAAGGUCAAGAAGUACAACCUUCCACAGGCAUCUAAAGAUGAAGAUUCAAAAGUAGCAGGAACCCUCAGACAAGCUCGGUUUAAAGUACCACUAAUCACACACAAGAAAAACAUACUGAAAAGAACAGAAAAGAUUGUAGACCAUGUGGAUGAUGAGCAAUCCCGGACCCACAUUGAGAUCCGCUACACAGACCUCUUUGUGACCGAAGAAGAUGACAAGACUGAAGUCAGCCAGCAUGAAUACUUCUCUCUGGCCAACAGACGAGCACGUAUCUACAACCACCAAAAGUUCCAGCGCAUCCAACCCCAAGAGCUCCUCUCUGCUGAUCCACUCACACGCAAAAUCCCCAAGAGGGUGAAGGUUAAGGGCAUUGCAGGAAUUGGGAAAAGCAUUGCCAUGCAGAGAGUGAUCCACGAGUGGGCACUGGGGAUAUCUAUGAGGAACUUUACUUGUGUCGUUGAUUUCACUUUUCGAGAGCUCAAUCUGAUCACCGGCAAAGUAAGUCUCCUGGACCUCUUGAGCAGCAGGUUUGAUCACCUCAAGGGUAUCCUACCUGACCUGCUGAAAGCACCAAAGUCUGUUCUUUUUCUGCUGGAUGGCCUUGACGAAUUCAAGUACAGACUUAACUUUGAAGAUCAGGAGAAGCUCAUCAACGUCGACACAAAGGUGCCUGUGCAGGAGCUGGUGGUUUCUCUUAUCAAGGCAAGCCUGUUGCCAGAAGCAUCCAUCAUUAUCACCACACGUCCAUCUACCGAUAUCCCAAAGAAGUUUUUUCAGAAAAGUGCCAUUAUCCUUGGUUUUGAGAAGAAACAAGUUGAAGAAUACUGCUCUAAAUUCUACAAAGACAGCCAAGUGGCUCAAAGAGUAUGUAAUUACAUUAUUGAAAAUGACAACCUCUUCGGUUUAUCAUUUAUUCCGCUGUACUGCUACAUCAUCUGUAUGGCACUUAGUAAUAUAUUCAAUAGCCCUAACAACCCUAAAAAACCCUUCGAGCUUAAUCCACCGAAGACUGUAAGUGAGGUCUAUUAUUGCUAUCUAUACACCGUGAUCAGGCACCAUGCUCUUAAGGAUGAGAAGAAAGAUGCCUCUAAAAAACAUAUCUUCUCAGUGGUCAAAAUGGAGCUCAUGAAUCUGGGAAAACUUGCCUAUCACAACCUCUUGAGUAGUAAAAUCCUCUUUGACAAGAAAGACUUAGAAACCUUUGGUAUUAAGCCCAAGAACCUGCACAGUACUUUCUUGACUCAGAUACUUACAAGGGUGAAAGAGGAACAAGUGGAAAUGUUUUCCUUUUUCCACAUGACAAUCCAAGAGCAUCUUGCAGCUCUUUAUUGUGUGGUAAAUCUGGGGGAGGAAGACAUUCUAGAAGGCUUGGAUCUCUGGUUCUUUGGUACUUCUCCCAAUAACACCACCAAAGAAAUCCUCUGUGACUCCACUCGACUUUUAGACAGGGACAAACUGGAAAACCUUCAAAUGUUUACUCGGUUCUUAAUGGGGUUAGUUAAAGCCAGACUGGAGGGAAAUUUAACUGGUUUGACGGAGAUCUUGAGCAACACUUUUCUAAACUCACUCAGCCAAUGGUUCAAGUGUCAGUUUUCUAAGGAAGUGCCCAACCCUAAAACUCUGAACCUUCUUCACUGUCUAAUGGAGCUCCAACAAGACAGUGUGGCAAAAGAAGUGUCUCCAGAAAUUAAAAGACUAAACCUGUUCAAAAUGACACUCAACAUUGUUGACUGUGCAGCUCUGUAUUACAUUCUCCAGUAUUCACCCAACAAACUAGAAGAGCUUAACCUGGGCUAUGCCAACAUAGGGUACCAAGGUCUGAGAAGGCUGGGGCCCAUCCUACACAAAUGUGAAAGUCUCUUUUUGCGCUACAACUGCCUUGACAAGGAAGCAGCCAUCUUGGAAUCCAGUAUUUUGAGAUCCCCAGAUUGUUGUGUGAAGAAGCUGUUCAUGUGUGGAAAUAACAUUGGCUCAGAAGGUGUCCUGGAGCUGUGGACAGCUCUGGAAAAAAACAACACAGUGGAGGAACUCUACCUGGAUAUCACAGGCUUCACAGAGACAGGCACAGAGAACAUCGUCAGCUGCCUGAGCCAGAACAGGACACUGAAGACACUGACCAUUGUAGGAAAUGACAUCGGAGAGCAAGGAAAGCAGAGGAUGAGGGAUCUAAGCAAACGGCGCUCCAGUCUAAAAAUCAUCGGGAACUUUGUGGAUGAUAUGGGGCUGCUCGAUGCCUACCUUGGCUGGGUUGAAGAACUAAAGGUGGAUCGUGACCAGAUGGACUCUGUGAAAAAUGUCGACGCGCUGCAGUCAGUCCUACGGGGUCUGAGCCUUCCUGCACAGGGGAAAGCCGAAAACAUGGAGAAGGCCAAGGAACUGAAGCAGAAAAUCCAAGAACUUCUGAAUGCUCAAAAAAUUCCAGUGAAAAAAAUAUGAACUACGAAAACAAUAAGUUAGACUUGUAUUGUUUUCUUAAGAUCUGUUGGACAGACAAGGAAGUGAUGUUUUAAGGCAUACAAGCUGACAGGUCCAUUAUGGAAAGAAAGGGGUGUAUAGAACAAGUGAGUGAUGAGCAUGAACAUAUUUUGUAAGAGUACAGAAGUCUUGGAAGCUCAUACAAUGGUUUGGGUAAUUUGUUUCAGAAAACAUGUAAAUAAUGUGUGGUUGAAAUCAAUCUGGUGCUACUUUACAAAAAGUUCAUUUGUUGUUUUCAUAACAUGUCACAAUAUGUAGUGGAAUGCUCAGACAAAAUUAUUUCUAUAAUUGAUAGAAAUACAAAUUUCAUUAGGCAUUUGAAUCAAUCAAAACAGGAGAAUAUAAAUGGCUGGAGGCCUGUUCGCCUUUCUUCCUCCUUUGGUUGCUAAUAGAGG